AACAAUUCUACAUUCAAUUAUGUGUCCAAGUUUCGUGUUAAAAGUGCAUUUGUAUUAUGAGAGAACACAUGAAUUUGCUCAUUGCCGAGGUUAGAUUUUACACAUCUCUUGCAAGUACCGACACUCGUGUUUUUUUUUUAAAUCGAGGCAAAACCACUAGUGGAGGAGUUAGUUGGUUCUAAAAAUAAUAGUCCCAUUUGAAAGCAGGGUUUUCUGGAGAGACACACGUGAUGCUCCGUACGUGCGGACUUGAGUUCGCCUUAUCUUAUCAGCGGUAACAACAAAUGUACAUAUGUCGGAGUGUGCCUCGGGAACUCGCCCGAAGCAGAGCAGCACAGGAGCUGUCGAAACGUGUGGUUACUUGUCAUCCUUCCGUGUUCGUCAGCCUAGAUCCUGCUGCUGGUUGCCACUCGAGGCAGUGACUUCUUCGACUAACACAACUCGGGGGGCAACAUUAAAGACGAUGCCCGCCGAACCGCCCACGGACCUGACCAAGGAAGACCUGGAGGAGAUGCUGCAGUGCGGGGUGGAGAGCUUCACCACCUCACCGCUGACCACCGCCGGCGAGAACUUCGGCAGCCUCCUGCUGCGGGUGGACGCCACUCUGCUGCCGGACCACCGCCAGGUGUCCCUCGCGGCCAAGCUCGUCGUGACCAAGAACCUGAUGGGCAGGGUGCCUCCAUUCAGGGACUUCAUGCGCAAGGAGAUGGACAUGUACACCCGGCUGCGGCCGGCGAUCCUCGCCGUGCAGGAGGAGCACGGGAUCCCACGGGAACUGCUCCUGGACGUGAUCCCCCGGUGCCACGGCGCCCGGACCAGGCGCGGAGGGGGCCUCGAGCCGCCGGUGGACGAGACCGCCGCCAUACUCAUGGAGAACCUGGGGGCCUCCGGGUACCGGCUGGCGGACCGCAUCGAGGGCAUGGACCUGGAGCACGCGGAGUGCGUGGUGAAGCACCUGGCGCGCUUCCAGGCCAUGUUCGUGGUCUUCAAGCUUAAGAAACCGCACUUCUUCAAGAGCGCCGUGCUGCCCACUGCAUCUCAGAUCGUGCACGAGGGACCCCCCCAAUCACCUUCGCACCAGCCGGAUCCCGAAACAUCAAAGCUGAAUUGUGUCCUGUGUGUUCCCGCUGUGGUCGAGCAUGCUGACAGAAUAAAGAUUGCUCUGAAGAAAGGCAGAAGUUUGUUCAUGCAGAAAAGUCGUCCGGAACCCGCGGAGCCCUUCGCGACUGUCGUCCACAACGACUUCUGGACCAACAAUGUGAUGUUUUCGUACGGCGAAGGUGACGAGGGGAAAAUAAGCAGCUUGAAGCUUCUCGACUUCCAGAUGACAAAUUACGGUUCCCCGGUCACUGACCUGAUAUUCUUCCUGUACUCCAGCACUUCUCUCGAUGUGACGAGGGAAGACCGCGACAGGUUGAUUAAGCUCUACCACCAAGAGUUCACCGGUUGGCUGGAACUGUUCGGCUGCGACACAAAACCAUUCGGCUACGAGACUUUCAUGAAGGAGGUUGAAGCUGUUGCUCCUUUUCAGUUUGAUCGUACUUUUAGCAUGCUUAGAAUAUUCUGUAUGUCAAAAAGUAAUCCACCUGAUAUCAACAACCCUGCUGCUUUCCACAGAAUGAAAACUGACAACACAGGCUUAGGGGAACAAUACUUUAAGAAGAUAGAAAGAAUUGUGGUAGAAUUUGUAGAUAGAGGAUGGAUAUAGUUGAUAAUCAUUGGUUUUAAUAAUUGUUUAUUAUAUAUUUACUUUUCAAGAAUAACUCAUACAUUCUAUAUUUACUGUGUAGUGUUUAAUUACAUUCAUGUAGGACCUACACUGUUUUAUAUAACAUUCAAGCAGAACUUUACAAGAAAUGUUCAUUUACAAGUUUCAGUUCACAAGAUUUUUUGUUAAACGUUUAUGAAAUAAAGGUUAAUGUCCUUUAA